CCAGGACAACAACACCCUCUCUGCAGUCUCCUUGUUUACCUGUUUUUAGUCUAUAUUGACUAACUUAAUCAAAGAAACCAAAAAAAUAAAAUAAAGAAACAAGAAAACGGACAAUUUCUUUUUAUGACUCAUCAUGAUUAGUCAAGAAAGCAAGUCAAUGUGUUGUUGAAAUCUAAAUCCAACCGCGUUAAAUGCGAUGUGCACUUAUAAGAUUGAUGAGAAGCUAUAUACUAUAACAAUAUAAAAACAUAUUAAAUAUAAAUAAAAUCCACGUAAGGGAAAUCACAUCUUCCACCCACCUCCAUACGACCAACGCUGCAGUUUCUUGCUUCCCUCUCUCUCCCUUCCUUCAAAACUCAUACAACACGUACCCGCAAAACACGCUCUACGCCAAACCCUUACAACCAACCAAUAAAAAUCCCAAUAUAACCACACGAGAAAGAUAGAACCCCCCGUUUCUCUUUCUAUGUCUACUUUUCCAAACCAAUUCUCUUCAAUGGAAAAAUCGUCUCGAAAAACCGAUCGUCCUGAUAAGGCCAUGACCGAGUCAGAGUUGGCCGCGGCGCAGCAGCUGAUGCAGCUUAGCGACGAAGAUAACAACAAUAACAGCAGCAGCAGCAGCAACAAGAACACUAAGCACGAGGGUGAGGAGGUUGAUCAGAGGCCGUUGAUCAAUGUGAUCACAUGGGCAAAGAUUGAAGAGAUUUUUGGGAAAGAAGAAGAUGUUGAUCGGCCCAAGAAGCGAAGAUACCGGUCUCUUGCGAGUAUUUAUCUGACGAGCAAACCAGUGAAUGCAGGAUCAGCACAUGGGAAGAAGGUGAGGACAUUUUAAAAGGAGAAACCCUAAUGGGAAUUUUAGUCACUUAGCUAGGAGAAGGAGAUGGGAUUGGCUUAUCUUAGUUAUAACAUCUUUCUUAUCAAUUGCUUUUUGUACCAAGUAGAGAGAUUGGGCGUUCCCCUUGCUUAAUUGCUGCAUAAUAUUUCUUAACCCUUCUUGCUCAUUAAUCCUAAUUUCUUUUAGUCUGUUACUGCAAUGGAAACUUGAGGGAUUGGGUCAUUAAUAAUCCUAAAUAAUUAAAUGUUUCUAAUUAAUA